AGUAGCAGCCGAGCAAUAAGCCAAUACAAAAAUCCCAUCUUGUUGUUUUUAUUUUUUGCAAAGUGCCAACACUCAGCACCCUCUCAAAAAGCUGGGCCGAUUUGCUCCAUGCUAUCCUGCGCUUCUCCAGCUGCAAAAUGAGAAAUAUCUGCCUUACAAUUCGGUCCAGCUGCUAAUCUUUGCUGCUCUUUGUUCUCAUGACUUCUGCUGACUCUUGUUUUUCAGGUGCUAAUUAUCUUUACUUACAUUUCUUGAGAAUUCACCCUCAAGUUUCAAUCUUUUCAUAACCCCACCUCACAAAUAUUUAAAAGUUUCAAUCUUUUUAUGACCCCAGCUCAGAAUUUUGUACAUAUGUAUUCAAAUUUCAAUCUUUUUGAAACCCCAGUUCCUAUAUAUGUUUCUUGAGCAAGAUUUGUGCUGGUUGAUCUGUUCUUGGUUUAAGUUUUGUUGUUUGGAUUUGGUCUUUGUAAAGGGUGUGAAAAGAUUGUUGUAGACUUGUAGCUAUGGAAGUUUUCUAGUAUUGACUAUUUAGAAUUAGGAUAUAGAGGGGUUGAUUCGAGGUUGAAAUUCUGGUGUUCUGAGGAUUGGUGUGGUUGGUUGUUGAGCUGAGUUUGAAUUAAGGUGGUGAUGGAGAGGGGUGAGAUGGUUUUGGGUAAAGGCGGCGGGAAUAAUGGAAAGGGAGGUGAUGGUUUUAUUGAUAGGAGCAAAGUCAGGAUCUUGCUAUGUGAUUCUGAUUCGAAGAGAUUGGAUGAGGCUUUUACUCUUCUCUGCAAAUGUUCAUAUCAAGUCACUUCUGUGAGAUCUCCACGACAAGUUAUUGGAGCUCUGAAUGCCGAGGGGCCGGAUAUAGAUAUUAUUCUUUCAGAAGUUGACCUUCCCAUGGCUAAAGGCCUUAAAUUGCUAAAAUACAUAACAAGGGAUAACACUUUACGACGCAUUCCAGUAAUCAUGAUGUCUGCGCAGGAUGAAGUGUCUGUUGUUGUGAAGUGCUUGAGACUUGGAGCAGCUGACUAUCUUGUGAAGCCUUUGCGCACUAAUGAACUUUUGAACCUGUGGACUCACAUGUGGAGAAGGAGGCGAAUGCUUGGACUGCCAGAGAAGAACAUAGUAAACUAUGACUUUGAUCCUGUGGCAUCAGAUCCCAGCGAUGCUAAUACAAAUAGCACAACGUUGUUUUCAGAUGAUACUGAUGAUAGGUCACGGAAGAAUGCAAAUCCGGAAACAUGUUUAUCAACAUAUCAGGAAGACAAUAAUACAAUAGCCACUAUUGCGGCAUUGGAGGCAAUACCACCAACAGAUAUAUCGGCAGCAUAUUUCCCUGAUCCACCAGUUACAAGCAAUCAGCAAAGAGGUCCAAAGAAGAGUGAACUAAGGAUAGGUGAAUCAUCGGCUUUCUUUGCAUAUGUCAAGUCAGGGUUGCUUAAGAGCAGUUCCCAAGUUGUUAUACCUGCUGAUGAAAAUCCUAUUGAGCAGCUGAGGAUAGAGAAGAAGUUCAGUACAUGGAGUGGACAAAUGUUUAAUGAUACACAAGGGAAUGUAGACAAAGAGACGCACAAUAAUCAUAUACAGAUAGAUGAACUUCAACGAGGUAAAAGCAUUCCUGUUUCUUUCACCGCGGACACGCCUUCUCCUCCGCAUCAGGCGGAUACAUCUCAACAGAGGAACUCAAAGCCGGAAGGGUUCUCUCAGGCGCAAAUGCUUCCCCCUCAUGGUGCACACCAUGAUAUGUCACGGUUUGGACAUUAUCCUUAUUUUGUUCCAGGUCAUAUGAAUCAAGUUAUGAUGUCAACUCCGUCAAUGUACCAAAAGGACCUGCAGGAUCCACCAAAUAGUGCUCCUUCAACUUUGUUGCAUCAAAACAAUCAUGUACCAUAUUGUCCUCCUCAUAUGCCUGGAGUGGCCCCAUUCCCAUAUUACCCUGUUAAUGUCUGCUUACAACCCGGCCAAAUGCUUACACCACACCCUUGGAUGAAUUAUGGAGGGUCUUCCACUGAUGGGAAGCCUAGUAAAGUUGAUCGAAGGGAGGCUGCUUUGCUCAAGUUCAGGCAAAAGAGGAAACAACGCUGUUUUGAUAAGAAGAUCAGGUAUGUCAACCGGAAAAAGCUUGCUGAAAAGAGGCCCCGUGUGAGGGGACAAUUUGUGAGGAAGGUAAAUGGAUUAAACGUGGAUCUGAAUGGACAACCUACUUCUGCUGAUUUUGAUGAUGACGAAGAGGAUGAAGAUGAAUAUGAAGAGUAAGCAACUUCUUGAGCUUCUGUGCAGGAUGAUGUCCCGUUGUUUGUAUGGCAAACUACAGUAUCAUUCCUUUGCGGGCUUUGCAUGAUAUCUCCUUAGGCUAAUAGUAGUACUUUGUUUAUCUGGUUCCCUCUGCCUUAAUAUUAGAUACUGCUGAUCAUGAACAAAAAAACGCUGAAUCUUCUUUGGAAUUAUGAUUGCAACGGACAAAAAUCACAUUGUGAAUGCAAUAUACUGCUUCCAUCAUCUUGACCAACUGUCUGCUAACACAAUUUGCUGCCAGACCUCUCCUUAUGUUGCAGAAGAAUGGCUUAUAGUCGGGCUGAAUGAACUGCAACCGUUAAUGCUGUCUCGUUGAUAUCUUCCUUUACAGCACACAGAUAACCAUCUGCUUAGCAUCACAGUAUUUAUCCGUGGACAACUUCAUAGUUCAUAGUACAAUACGUGAAGUUUUGGACGGGAGUGUUCCUGAGCAAUUUUGAAAUUGACUGGAGCCUUGUGUUUAAAUACUUAGAAGGUAGCAAAGUUUCUUGUUCAAUCAACUUGUAAUAUGCUCCUAUGUUUAUCCGGCAGAGUAUAUAUUAAAAGGAGUAGAACCAUACUAUAUCGCUGAUAACAUGAUCCAGACAAUUUUUCUUGUAAGAUUUCACUGUAAAAAAUAAAACAUAAGUCCUUUUAGUGAGAUGUAUUUUAUUUAGUUCUA